AUGUCUAUGACCAUGGUCCUCUUGAACCCAAACCGGGCCAUCACUUUCGCAAAAGAAGCUACUACCGCUGCUCUGUGCUCAUAUUCCACCCUGGAAAAGGAAGAAGAACAAGAAUAUGGCUAUCUUGUUAAGAAGCAAUUGGAACUUCAAGGCUAUAACUCUGCUAGACUUGACAUCAUGUUUGUAGUUGACACAUCUGAUUACCUUGGGAAAUAUAACUUCCUGAAGGUGAAAGCCUUUAUGAAAGCAUUUGUUAAAUAUUUCCGUGUCUCACCCAGACAUGUACGAAUUGGUGCUGUUACAUACAGCACCAAUGUACGUGACAACUUCAAUCUGAACAGCUAUAAAAGCCUUAAGAAAGUUCUUCGUGCCAUUGACAGUAUUGAAUAUGUGCAAGGAAAGGAAAAAACGGGUCAAGCCUUGAAGUACGUCAGAAUGGUUUCAUUCCGUCGACAAUAUGGAGCUAGACUCUAUGUGCAGAGCAUUGCCAUUGUGAUAACGAAUGGUAAAUCCACUGAUCCUGACAGCACAUUAAAACAAGCUAAUUUGUUGAAACGUGAAGGAGUGAAAGUGUUUGUUGUAGCCAUUGGUGAAGUAUCUUUGAAAGGCAUAAUGGAAAUAGCGAGUGUACCAUCCGACUGGUUCAUCAUACAGGUGCCUAACUACUCUGCACUUGAAAAAUAUGUGUGGAUAUUAGCAUACAGAAUAUACUGGGGAUUUGACAAACAAUGGAUCUUGCAAGGUUACCAACAGAAGCUGCAGUAUCUUGAAUAUGAGCGUGAAUACAGAUAUUAUGCUGAGGAUGAAUGGAGUCUAAAAGGUUACAACACAGCACGUCUAAGCCUGAUGUUUAUAUUUGAUACUUCUAACUACAUUCGAAAGGACGACUUCUGGAGAGUGAAAAUCUUUGUGAGAGCUGUCAUCAAAUUCUUCCAUAUCACCCCCAACCAUGUGCGAUGGUUUAUGGUGAAAGUGCCUAACUACAAACUUCUUAAAAGCUAUUCAUGGACAUUAGCUUUUAGAAUCUACUGGGGACUUAACAGACAGUGGGUCAUAACAGGUUAUCAAAGUGCACUGGAAUAUAUAGGUUUUUCAUUCACUUCUAUCUAUCUAUCAAUCUAUCUAUCUAUCUAUCUAUCUAUCUAUCUAUCUAUCUAUCUAUCUCAGUCUGUUUCUAUCUAUCUGUCUAUCUAUCUCGGUCUGUUACUAUCUGUCUAUCUGUCUCGGUCUGUUACUAUCUGUCUGUCUAUCUUGUCUAUCUUAGUCUGUUUUUACCUGUCUAUCUAUCUUGGUCUGUUCCUAUUUAUCUAUAAAUCUUAUUCUGUUCCUACCUAUCUAUCUAUUUACCUUUGUCUGUUCCUAUCUAUCUAUCUAUCUAUCUAUCUAUCUCUAUCUAUCUAUCUAUCUAUCUAUCUAUCUAUGUGUAUGCUUGUUGGCUGA